AUGGACAUUGCAUCGUUCCCACUUAUUAACAAACAGGCUGCUCGUGUUGUUCAAGACAGACACACAGAAGUGCUUGUUACAGCAUUUAUUGACAAAAUUCUAAUUCUGGUCACUCAAUAUGGCAAAAUUGGGAGCGUGAUUCAUACAACGGUAGAUCAACGAGCCUUUGGUGUCAACAGCAUGUCAUCAGACGGGCUAGCUUCAGUGACAUCGAGUUUCUUGCUCGGAGCUGGAUCAUCUUCAUCUAAAAAGACGCAACUCUAUCAAGUCUAUGCCUCACAUAUCUCACAGAUGAUUCAUCACCAAAAUCCAGCGGAAACAAGGCCCGUGAUCCUCUCAUUAGCGCUUUCAAUCCAGGAACCAGACCCAGAGAAAAGCCUUGCAGAAGCAGAGGAGUUAGAACAACGCAGAAAGGAUCGCGAUCUGUUUGAGAAUGUGAUCGAGUUAGUCAAUGAGUGUACCGUUUGGGCCUAG